GAUGAUUCCUUUGCGCCCGACUAAACCGCUCCUCUUCCGCUGCUGACACCCUACAAAAAGCACGGCUGCCUCUUCUUCUUCUCCCACAAGAGAAGCAGCAACGAUCAUUCACCAUGCCGUCCCUCAAGUUUCUAUUCUUGCUCGUGGUCGCCGUGGUGCUCCUCUGCCCCACCCCCACCGCGGCCUUUGGAGCAGGCAACAUCGCCUCCAUCUCUAAAAUCGAGGGGCACAACUGGCGUCAUGGCGACAUUGAGGAUAUGCUCAAGACCGUGGCCUGCCUGAAGGGUCAUAAGUGGAGCUCCAUGAUGAUCAAGCGCGUCUACUUCGGUAACUGGUUGCGCGACUACUCUCAAGCUGUCGACGUCGGCACCCUCAAGGGAGUCCAGAAAGACACGAUUCGCAUCCUGGUAUGGAUUCUGGCUUUUAUGUCCUUUGGAUAUGCCACUGGCGAGUUUGAGGUCACAGAGGAGCGUCUUGGCGUAUACCGCGCCGAGGAGCACAUCGACAACCCCAAGGGGUAUGCCGAUAACACCGACGCUAGACAAUACGAUCAACGCUUGAGAGGGCCAGUGUUACCUCAAGAGCUGGCUGUUGAUCCCAACACUGGCAUGAAAAAUUACAUUGCAAAUGAAACGGGUGGAUGGGCUACCAGCGCUGGUUACAUUAGACACAGCUUUACCCGUGCCAUCCACUACGGACGUGUCUACACACACGGUUCUAACAAGGGAAAAGAGGAGGACCUCUGCGAAGCCCUCAGAUGCCUCGGCCAAGGUCUUCACUGCCUCGAGGAUUUUGGAGCCCACACCAACUACACCGAGCUUGCUCUGCGGGAGCUGGGCUUCCACAACGUUUUCCCGCACACCGGAACUAACACCCAGAUCAACCUUCGCGGCAAGCAUGUGUUCCCUCUGGUCACCGGUACUUUCGGAGGCGUUGAUUUCUUGCACUCGGUGCUUGGAGAGGCCAAUGAUCACUUUACUCAAUCAGAUGUCGACACCUCUGAACUUGGCGAAUUGAACCAGACCCUGGCCAAUGCUUCUACGCAAGACACCCGUUCGAGCGGUUCAGGAAAUAACGCCGAUGUUCUUGUUGAUCUUCUCUCCAAGGUCCCUGGCACUUCUUCCCUGUGCAAGGAAGCUAAAAGCUUGCAAGCUACGUCUGAUGCUCAAGCUGCGCAAAACGCCGGAGGUGCUCGCGGUUUUGACGAUGGCUACAGUGCUUCCCGUGCGGGCGGACAGACUACGUUCGCCGCUCCUCCUGGCUCUGUUGGCGGCCCUCCAGGCCCUGGUGUCCCCGGCAUGAACCCCAACUUUGACCCGCAGAGCAUCAUCCCCAAGAUCUACCCGAUCCUGGCUUUCCGCGACAAGGUCGUCCGUGCCAUUUCGGGAGUCAUUUCCAAAAUCCCUGGUCUUGAGGCCUUAGUGGACAAGAUUACGGAGCGAGUCACCAUGUUUGUCUUUGCACUGUUGGCACCUUUCAUCCAGCCCAUCAUCAAGGCGGUCUCUGCCUCGCUGAAGCAAGGAUCUUCCUCCGUCAUCGACGCUAGCGGCAAGUCACAGUAUGAGCCCUGGACGAACCCCAAUUGCGAUGACCCAACGCACUCCAUGCUCUCCAAAGACCACUUCUCCAACAUCCUCAACGAGCCAGCCGGCCAGAUCGCGGCCACGAUCUUGCAAUACGUUGCACCGCGCGUGAUGUACGCGUGGGACCACCCUAAUGUGCCAGUUGAGCAGGUCUUGGAUGACGUUGUGCGCGUGUUCCACCACCCCGCCGCCCGCGACCACCACAACGAGGUGCACCAAAAGAUGUUCGCCGUCGUCGAGCGCUGGGUGCAGGGUCGCUCGGACAAGGGCCACGGCCUCAACAACAUCCUGAGCUCCGAGAGCGUACGCGAGGGCAAGAACCACGCCGGCGGCCAGAACCCUCACAACGGCCACGGUGGCCACUCCCAUGGCCCGCCCAGCGCUAGCACAUUCCCUGGCGCGGCCCCCGCCAGUGGUGGAUUUGCCGGCUACGGCGGCAACAGUGGCGGUAAUUCUAGCAGCGGUGGAGGUCUCCUCGGCAGCCUAGGCAGCUUAGGCGGCCUUGGCGGCAAUAGCGGCGGUAGUUCCAGCGGCGGAGGCGGUCUUCUGGGCGGCCUCGGAGGCAUGCUCGGCUCUAAGAGCCCACUCUCAGGUAUCCUGGGAGGCAGUGGUAAGCGCGACGUGGACUCGCCUCCUCCGGCUGCGCACACUGCAUCAUUCCCCACGCCACCACCCCACACGGGCUCCUUCUCCACGCCGCCGCCAGCGCAGCACAGCGGGUACGGGCAGCCCGCCGCGCCGUUCCAACCCUACGGCGACGCAUACGGCCAGCCGCCAGCGCACGGCUACCAGUACCAGCAGGACGCACCGCUGCCGCCGGGCCCGCCGCAGGCAAACCCCGCCGAUCCGUAUGCGUUCCCCAGCCAGUACCAGCAGGGCUGGCGCGACGAGGGGCCAUAUGGUGGUAGCGGAGCCGGCGGCCCUGGGUAUGGUGCUGGUCCGGGACCGGGUGGCUAUGGUUCUGGUUUGUAUGACCAACAGCAGCAGCAGUGGGGACAGCCUCCGCAGCACGGCGGUGGGUGGGGACAGCAGCCGCCGGCGGGGCCUCCGCCGGGCGGGCAUUGGGGCGGGCAGUAUUGAUUGAGUGCUAGGGAGGUAGGCAGGCAAUGGAUAGAAUAGCGCGCGCGCGCGUGUGUGUGUGGUGGGGCGGGACGGGACGGGACGGACGGGACGGGACGAGCGGGCAACGCAGCCGUUUGGGAGUGGUUGGGGUAUUGCGAUAAGCAAAUCACGUAGGGUAGGGGUAGUUUGGGAUGAUGAUGCGGGCGCGUCGCGUCGGCCGCGUUUUACGAGCUCCAUGACUUGGCAUUGACUUGGCCGGCUGGCACCUGUCUGGAAUAGUGAAGGGCGUUUCCGCAUUCCAUCAUGUCAGCGACAUGGACGUGCAGAAAGAAGCUACGCGACCCCCACGUCUCUCUUCCACCCCGCUCCCGCUGGCAGUAAAAGAGGAGUAGGUAGUUAGACUGUCCUAGGGUACGGUAGGCAACUACAGACUACAGAUUACAC